GACACACGGCGAAACCUCUGAAUUAUUCUGCUUCUUUGCUAUCGUUCCAACAGAUUGCUGCCGGGAACUUCCAUGGCUUUUGCCUCCCAUCAUCAUCAAGAUAGCUUUGUAGCUCAUGCACGAGUCAUCAUCUCCUCUUCCUAUAUAUAUAUGACGAACAAACUGAGCUAGAUAGCUACCAAGAUUGCAAGAACACAUCGCGAUAUCACAAUUUCAUAUUAGCGAAUUGACGAGCAAGAGGAAGUUUGGUAGUGGUGAGAAGAUGUCGCAGCUUGUGGCGACGAUCGAGUACUGCGGCCUCGCCGUGUCGGUGUCGUCUCUCCUGAUCAGGUUCGUCCUCCACCCGCUCGUCAAGGACGCCAUCCUCAUGUCCAGGGCGGCCCUGAGAUCCGCCUCCUGCGCAAUCCUCGGCCUCCUCGCGCACGACGACAGCGCGCUCGUCGCCGCCGUCCAGCCGCCGACGCCGAUGAGGCGGCAAUGCGAGCGGUGUGCGCGGGGAGGCGGCCUGUCGCGGCACGACGUCGCGGCGGUCGUGGCGAGCCUCGGGCUGGUGACCGGCGAGGAGGAGGAGGAGGAGGACGAAGAGGGCGGCGAGGGGGCGUGCGGCGCGUGCGAGGCGGCGGCGGCGGUGGAGGCGCUGACGGAGGGGAAGGUGGCCGGGGAGGGGGAGCUGCGGGAGGCGUUCUACGUGUUCGACCGCGACGAGGACGGGUACGUCGGCGCGGCGGAGCUGUGGAAUGUGCUGCGGCGGCUGGGCAUGGCGGAGGGCGCCCGGUACGGCGACUGCGUGAGGAUGAUCGCGGCGUACGACGGCGACGGCGACGGCAGGAUCAGCUUCCCAGAGUUCAGGGCCAUGAUGGAGAACGCGGUUUAGACACCUCGUUUAAUUAAUACUACAACCGAUUUAAGUGCGAGUAUUUAGCAGCUAUUUCAGUAUCCCAAAUAGCAGUGAGAUGUUUAAUUACGACAUGUUUUGUUGAAUUCAGCUCGGAAUUGCACAAAUGUUCAAUUACUUUUGUUGUCUUUCGUUUCGAUUAAUUACAUAUCCAUGAAUUAGCAUGUAUGUUCAACAAAAAUGAAGAAUGGCAGGAUGAAUAGCCAUGUCAGAUGUAAUAUACUCCUUCCUGACAAAGCUUAGGAUUCAGGAUUUACUAACGCUAAGCUCCUUGCUAGCAGAAUGACAGAAUGAA